AUGAGUGGUGUUGAGAAGACGCAGAUUUUGCAAAAAUACCUGGAUUUGAGCCAAAAUGGUAGGGUUAUUGCAGAGUACGUUUGGGUAGAUGGUACUGGGAACCUGCGUUCGAAGGGUAGGACUUUGAAAAAGGCAGUUACUUCGGUGGAUCAAUUGCCAGAGUGGAACUUUGAUGGUUCGUCGACCAACCAGGCGCCCGGACACGAUUCGGACGUGUAUUUGAAACCGGUGGCUAUGUAUCCGGACCCAUUCAGAAGAGGCGACAACAUCAUUGUUCUCGCCGAGUGCUAUAACAACGACGGUACGCCAAACAAAUUCAACCACAGACACGAGGCAGCCAAGCUUUUCGCAGCACACAAGGACGAGGAGAUCUGGUUUGGUCUGGAACAGGAGUACACGCUGUUUGACGAAUACGACAACGUGUACGGGUGGCCAAAGGGCGGGUUCCCAGCUCCACAGGGUCCUUACUACUGUGGUGUAGGUGCCGGUAAAGUGCAUGCCAGAGACGUGAUCGAAGCGCACUACAGGGCUUGUCUGUACGCCGGUAUCGAAAUCUCCGGUAUCAACGCUGAGGUGAUGCCAUCGCAAUGGGAAUUCCAGGUGGGUCCUUGCACGGGUAUCGACAUGGGUGACCAAUUGUGGAUUGCCAGAUAUUUGCUAAGCAGAGUGGCCGAAGAGUUUGCUGUCAAGAUCUCGCUGCAUCCAAAGCCUUUGAAGGGUGACUGGAACGGCGCUGGUUGCCAUACCAAUGUCUCCACAAAGAAGAUGAGAUCGCCGGGCGGUAUGAAGUACAUCGAGGCUGCUAUCGAGAGCUUGUCCAAGAGACACGCCGAGCACAUCAAGCUAUAUGGUGCCGACAACGAGCAGAGACUGACGGGCAGACACGAAACCGCCUCGAUGACGGCAUUCUCUUCUGGUGUCGCCAACAGAGGCGCUUCGAUAAGAAUCCCCAGAUCCGUCGCCAAGGAGGGCUACGGUUACUUCGAAGACCGCAGACCCGCCUCCAACAUUGAUCCUUACUUGGUUACCGGUAUAAUGUGCGAGACUGUCUGUGGCGCUAUAGAUAGUGCAGACAUGACUAAGGAAUAUGAGAGAGAAUUUUCCUAG